AUGCAGCAAACAUUGUCCUCCUACUCAUCAUCACCCUCGCCCAAUGCAUCGCCAACUAUGGUGGCAGCGAAUGCACUGGCCCCGACAUCAGCACCAACGCACACUCACACGACCACAACACGCCCUCGCUCGACAGGAAAUGCUCCGGCCAUAAUAUCUGUGGAUUAUAGCUAUCCGAGCAUAAUGCCGCCAUCGGCCCGCACCAGCAGCAGCUACAGUCGUCAGCAGAAGACGCCGAGUAUACAACUGGAGCUGCGAACGCUCCCAGACGACUCCGAACAACAGUACAGCAGCCUGUUUGGUGACCCAGUACCUCCGCCGUUUCCCUUGCAGUCAGAAGAUUACUUUGGGAGCGGCGUAUUCGAGACAUUUCGUGGCACGUCUGUGGAAAUGCCCAGCUCAGAUGAGGAUGCGUUAGUGGCGGCCCUGGCGCUUAAUACGCUAGAUGGCGGCAGACUCUUCUCCAAUGUGCCCUACAGCAGACAGUCCAUGUCCAUACCACGCCUGCAGCCGCCUGAUAUACAAAUACUGCCCAAUUCCAGCGGUGGCUCCAGUUCGGAGCAGCAGCUGGAUUCGCCGAACUUUACGCUGCUCGCGCCGCAGGACAUACUUAAUAAGCCGGAUCUCUAUGAGGCGGAUCAGCUGGAGCAGCAAAUAGAAAAAGAAGAGGAAAAUGAGUAUUCACCCCACGGAUCACAGCUCGCCAAUUCGAAACUCAUUAUUUUAAUAUUAUUUUCUAGCAUCCAUAUACUGCGACAGUGCUCCAAUGAGUCCUACUCCAGCACUGAAUGGUUCCGGCCAGCAGCUCAGCGAUUUCCGGAGUUCAGUCGUAUACCAAAACUGCGCCCCAGCUCGAAAAUGAUUAUGUCUAUGAAGCAAGAAGAGAUGCCACGUUCACCACUAGCUACAAUGCUGCAGGAUUCUAAUGGCUCAAGCAGUGGUGGUGAGGAACGUUUGCAAGUGCCGGCAGAGCGAGAGCCAACGCCAACGAGCAAUAUCAUACUCUCACCCAAGCAAUAUUUGAAUGCUGCCUAUGAGCGGCAAUUAUUGGAAAACUAUCAUAUGCCGCCACCACCGGCAGCACCGCCUCCUCAGCAGCGCAGUCAAAGUGGUGGCAGCAAGGUGUCCACAAUGGCAGAGUCAAAGGAGGAGGAUUUGCACCGUCAGCUUUAUAGCUUACAGCGUGAAAUGUCACCGGUCAUUAUAAAAGACUCUAUAGCCGUGGGCGGGGACUAUCGUGUGGAGCAGCCCCGGCUACAUAAGAAGACUGCAUUCACCAUCAUAUCGGAGCGUUCUACGCCCACCUCGCCGGUACCACAACAACGCUUACCUCCGACCAUCCGACACGCUUCCAUACAGUCCACUACAACUAGCUCUUCAUUGCCGAUUAAGCCGCAGGUUAAACCUCGCCGUAAGUCCCUGAGCGGUACACGUUUGCCCGCCGUCGCUGUACCCGCCAUACCACACAGUUUUCAAUCCGAGCCGCAGCUGCAGGGUAUUAAUGACGACUCGCCGCGUCCAUCGGUGCAGUUUAACAUGAGCGGCCGGUACAGUCCUAGCAAGUUACUCACGCCCAAAAAAGGAAUUCUGCAACAACGGGACUCAUUAACGUCUUCGGUGGAUACCUAUACACCACGCGCCCAACGACGUGGUUCUAUACAUUACCAGACGCCGUCGCCAACACUGCCGUUUAACAAAAGCAUGGAUGCAUUGCCUCUUAUUACGGAUCCCUAUCGGAGUGCUAUUCCACGUCUCCAUCGCUCUUACACCGAGCUGAGUCGCGAGACCGCUUGUAUACCACCAGGUGCAGUGCCACGCCCACUAAGGCCCAAUCCUAAUCCAACGCGCAAGCAACGCGGAUUGCUGCGUGUUAUUAAUAGAGAAGAGUCUCUAUCACGUAUACCCCUGCGUUCCAAUUGGUCCAGUCUGGAUGACUUGGCAACGAGCCAGCGUCGACGCAACAGCAAGCCCGCCUUAGAGCCACUCCGUCUACAGUCACGGCGUCGCUCUAGUUCCACAUCGCCCGAGCGUCGAAGCUCCACGCAAACCGUAUCCGAUCGCCGUAGCUCAAAUUUGAGCAGUGUGACCACCUCUGACUUUAGCUUUCGCCGUCCCACACUCACCACACUGCCAACAACUACGACUAUGCGCCGGAAGUCCAUUUAUGCGCCGCCCACACAAAAAGCUGGCACCAGUCCACAACGCCAGUCUGUCUAUGGGAUUAAGGAGGCAAAACGCAAUAAGAUUGCUAAGCCCACCACGCUGUCUCCAAUUAUUGGCACGCCUAACAAAGACAGCAGCACACCGCAGAGUCCGCUGCAUGGAGUCGCUUAUGAAGCUGCACAAAUGACUCCCACCGGCGCUGAUACGCCCUCCGAUCUAAGUACACGCCGUGAUUCGUUCUCCCGUAUACCAGUGCGCAGUCGGCCAGAGUCUAGACUCAGCUCUCGCGCCAGCUCGCCUCUAAAAGACUUUGCCGCAACCCUACCACCAUCAUCAGGACGCAAUUCGCGCGGUAGCAAUAGCCGUUCGCCUUCACGAUUCAGUCCUACUCGACUAAGCCCCCGCAACGCUGAAUCGCGUUCAAAUUCACGUGGCCCACCGUCUAGAGCUAGCUCACGUGGCCCACCGUCCAGAGCUAGCUCCCGUAUGGAACAAGCACGUGAACUGGCUAACUCACGGGCCAAUUCACGUCUUAGUAUCCGUUCUUCUCUGCGUUCUUCGAGCAUAUCACCCGCCGGCAUGUCCAUGUCACGCAGCAGCCGUGGCACGACCCCCAAUCGUAGAAAAUCUAUCUCACUAAGUCCACGUGGUCAACUUAUAUCUGGUACUGGAUCCGAGCCACGAUCUGCUGCAUUGGCCCGCAAGAAGUCCUUAAGCCCGGUGAGCAGACGCAGUCCUGGGCGUAGUAAAACGCCAGCACUGGAUCAGAGACGGAAUUCACGUUCACGAAUACCAAUGAGAAAGACGAAUGAAACACCGACUCCUUCUCCCUCCAAGAAACAUGUAAGCUCCAAAUCACCAGUAAAGUCGAGGUCACCACUAACGGGAAAAGGGGUCGUCAAAAGUACACCUACUGCCUCUAGCGUAAAAUCGAAUUCCAAACAACCUGCAAGUGCCAAAAAGACGCCAUCAACGGCGCGAAAAACCGCUUCAAGUGCUCAGCGGACUCCAUCUUCGGUGAGCAAACCACAGGCAACCACCAAAAAGCAGCCCAGUACACUGAAACGGGAGAUGGCACAACAGCAGAGUAGAGGCAAGGGUCAAAGUAACGGGCAGUUGAAAAGUAAUUCAAAGAGUCAGGAAAAAAAACCGACUAUUAACCAAAGCAAAGCAAAAACCAAGUCUCCUACGCCAAAUGCCAAGGAACAGAUGUUACAGCGAGCCGGUUCUCAGCAAAGUAUCAAGAAGAACACCAAUAUUAGCGGCACAGAGAAGCAGCAGCAGUCCAAGAAUUCAACUGCAGCCAGUGCAAACGUUUCAAAACCCCCGAUAUCGGACAAACCUUCCUUGGAACAGGGCUUAGCACUUGCACCGGUGGCUGCUCAAGUCAGCAAUGCGGUCCUCCAAGCGGCUGAAGUAGUGCCUGCGGUUACCAACGAGGUACCAACGCCACCAACUCCCGGCAUACGACGCCAGGGAUCCAAUAUGUCCACACUAGUGCGUAUGAGCUCUAGACUAAGCCUAAUGAGCAACAAAAAACGCGCUGAUUCUGCACAAAGUCGGAAAGUCCCGACAGUGCCGGAGUCGCCGCUUGAAACGAGUAACAGCGCUGGUCAGCUAAUUACCGCUGCUGAUGGUGCCACACUACCCGCAGCCAUUUUGGAGAAAUCGCAAAAGACGCUGGAAAAUAUACAGAAAACCGUGACUGAAGCCACCGAUGAGAUACAAAAGACCAUAAAUGAGAAUUUAACCGAUCUGAAGACGCUUGAAAGUGAUAUGGGCUUGGCGUCAGAUAGCGGUGCAUCACCAACGCCCAGUGCGGUCACUGUGGUAGCAAAGCCGGGGGAAUCUGCAUCUCGAAAUGGCACUGCCGAUGGCAGCAACGCGGUCCUGGGAGGUACCAGCGAACUUCAGAAGUCGCCGGUGCCGCCAACACAGCCAAUUGAAGCAGCCGUUUCGGUAGUGAAUGCAGACGGACAGGCAACGGAAGCAGCGACAGCAACGGCAGCAUACGUGGAACGGGUUAGUGUUGUUGCUGCACCACGUGCUAUAUCAGUUUUGCCAGAAGUUGACUGUGACAGUGCCAAUUUGCAGGAGGUAGCAACAGCUGGAGCUUCGGGCGGCCAUGCAGCCAUGCCUAGCGCCGGCGACGAUUUCAAGGCAGAUGCCAAGCGACGUUCGCCGGAUGGACAAGGCGGCUCGACGGCUGGAAGUGGUGGCACAGCUGGCAAAACCGAUAGCCAAGACUUUUUGCAAGAAAAGGAUGAUGAGAGUGGUGGACGUGGCUGCUGCCGAUGCUGCAGCAAGCUCUGCAUGCCCUGUCGUCGGUCUCGCUGUUCCCGGUGCUUCCGUCGCGGCGGCAACAAGACACCCCCUGAGGAACAACAACCAGUGCUCUCGAGUGCCAGAAGUAGCGCAGCCAGCACAGCGACCAAGUUCCAAAUAAUCGACGAAAAGAAUAAAACAAAGUCAAGUUGCUGGUCCAAAUUGAAUUGCUGCAAGAGUUGUCGAAAGAAACAGCCACAGGCCAUGACGCACUCAGGCGACAUGGACGAGGCGGAAACGGCAAGUGCCACCAGUUCGCACAGCAAAAUGGCGGCCACCAUGCCAACGCAGUCGAUGGCGAUGCCACACACAGCCGGACCAGCAGCUCAGGGCAAAUGUGGCCUAUUCAUGAGCAAAGUCUUUUGCUGUCGCUCCGUUAACAAAGUUGAUCCCACAACGGGCGAUGAGACGCAUCUGAAGAAAUGCUGUUUUUGUAUACCCUGUCGGCGCAAGCGUGCCGCCCAAAGUGGAUCUGUAGCUUGGCAGGAUCCGGAGCGUGGUAUAAGAGCAACGGAUGCGGCAGUGCUGGAAGGCGCCACACCCGCAGAAGACACCUUGCCAAAAGCGGGCUGCUGUAAACGUUUCCUGCAAAAGAUGCUUUGUUGUCGUAAGCAGCCGCGCCGAGGAUCGGAUGCACGACGGCAGAGCAUCAAGGCACCGCCCACUAGUGAAGACACUCGACGAAAGCUGCACAUUGAUCUCGUGGAGUACACAUCAAAAAUGAAGGGUGCCAUUCCCGUGCUGCCUUUAUAUUUGGCCUGGCUAUGCGCCUUCUGCAAUGUAGUUUUCCCCGGUCUGGGCACCCUACUAUCUGGCUUGUUUUGUCUAUGUGUGGGAAUUCCACGCUUCUCCCAAUAUGACAGCGCACGGGCUCGCAUCGGCUCCUUCAUAAUCAACAUUAUUGUGGCUGUGGCUCAAUUCUUUUGUGUGCUCUUCUGCUUUGUUGGUUGGGGGUGGUCUAUAUGGUGGGGCACAAUAAUGCUUAAAUGUGCAAAGAAACUUAGCAAGAUUAGAAAAGUGGAACGCCUAGAACUUGAGGAGGAACAACGGCAAGCGGAAUUGGCAGCUGCUGCCGCAAAACAUGUGGCACAUCCUGAAGUGGAGACGGCGAAAACAUAAAUUUGACUUCCUUGAAUGUAACUAGUUAGAAAACCACUUCCAAAUUACUUCCAACAGAUACAUAGCUUAAAAAAAAAAGUAGUAGCGAAUACUUUCGAAAAUCUUCCAGGAAGAAAUGGGGAGACCCCCCACAUAUCUUCCAGAUAUUUGUACAUUCUUACAAAAAUGCAAUACUGAGACCACAUUUGUGCUAGAAUGAUAGCUGAUUAAUAGAUCAUUCGAGAAUAUAACUAAAAUUACUCAAAUAUUAAUAAUAAGGAAA